GAGGUAUACUCACUAGUUAAGGGGAAAACUCACGGUUUCUUCCCUAACGGGGACAAGGACACUUUCAUCAGAGGACGCUCAGAGGCAUAACUGAGAGUGUGACUCUCCCUGGACAGGCCAGCUGAGGAGACGGCUUCACUCCAACCACUGCUAGAUAGUCUGUGUAGCUAUGGCACUGCCCUUCAAGAAAGACCUGGAAAAGUACAAGGAGCUUGAUGAGGAUGAAAUCCUUAACAAGCUCUCCGAGGAGGAGCUCAAACAACUGGAAAACGCCCUGGAGGAGAUGGACCCAGAGAACGCGCUACUGCCAGCCGGGCUCAGGCAGAAGGAUCAGACCUCAAAGCCAGCAACAGGACCCUUCAACAGAGAGCGUCUCCUCAGCUACCUGGAGAAACAGGCCCUGGAGUACCAGGACAGGGAAGACUAUGUGCCCUUCACUGGAGAAAGGAAAGGAAAGAUGUGGGUGCCGAAGCAAAAGCCAAUUGAGACGCGACAGGAGGAGGUGACGACCCUUGACCCUGAGCUGGAAGAAGCCUUGUCCAGUGCCACAGACACGGAGCUGUGUGACUUGGCAGCUAUCCUUGGAGUCCACACUCUGGUGACCAGCGCACAAAGCUGUGAAGAGAAAGACGGAUUCAACAAUGUUAUUAAAGGGGAAAAAGUUAAACCAGUCUUUGAUGAGCCACCAAACCCCACUAACGUGGAGGAGACUCUGCAGAGAAUAAAGACCAACGAUGCCACCCUUACAGAAGUCAACCUGAACAACAUUAAGAACAUUCCCAUUCCAACGCUCAAGGACUUUGCGAAGGCCAUGGAGACCAACACACAUGUUAAAAAAUUCAGCUUGGCUGCCACAAGGAGCAAUGACCCAGUUGCUGUGGCUUUCAGUGAUAUGCUGAGAGAGAACAAGACGUUGAAGAGUCUGAAUCUGGAGUCAAACUUCAUCACCAGCGCCGGUGUUCAGGCUUUAGUGGAAGCUCUCCGAGACAACGACACGCUUUCUGAAAUCAAGAUUGAUAAUCAGCGGCAGCAGCUGGGCACUAAUGUAGAGAUGGAAAUUGCCAAGAUGCUGGAAGAGAACACAAGCAUCAUCAAGUUUGGUUACCACUUCACCCAGCAGGGCCCCAGGGCCAGGGCCGCCGCAGCCAUCACCAAGAACAACGACCUGGUGCGGAAGAGACGAAUGGAGCGUGACAUGUAAGGCUCCGCCCCUAACCCUCUCCUGUCCAAUCUGCGUCUCACUCAGCUGUACAUCAGAGUCUUGUGCCAAACUGGAGCAAGGCAUAUUCUCAAAGAGCACCGUCUGGGAAGAAGGGAAAAAACUGGA